UUGAGUCGGAGGUUACAAAAAAUUCUAAAUGCGUGUGUGUAAAAGAGAAUUUGAUAAAUAACAUUUUGUAAAAGAAAGUUGUCGUUUAUUUUAGAUUUCUGAUAGUAAACUACACAAGAUUGACUGUGGAUAACAUAUUAUUUGAUAUAUUUUUCCCAAAGUUUAAAAAGUUCAGAUUAUAAAGAUCUGCGUCUAUUGCAAAUAUGGCCGUCCUGUAAUGAUUCGGUCGUCAGUAAUAUUAUAGUAAUUUUAUCAUGCAAAAUUUCAAAAUGGAGCUUCGUGUCGGUAAUAAAUACAGACUAGGUCGUAAAAUUGGCUCUGGAUCCUUCGGAGACAUUUAUUUAGGAACACACAUAGUAACAAGGAAAGAGGUAGCCAUAAAAUUAGAAUGCAAAAGAACAAGACAUCCACAGUUACACAUAGAGAGCAAAUUUUAUAAACUCAUGCAAGGGGGUGUUGGCAUCCCUGCAAUAAAAUGGUGCGGCUCAGAGGGAGACUACAAUGUCAUGGUGAUGGAAUUGCUGGGCCCUUCAUUGGAAGAUCUCUUCAACUUCUGUUCUCGUCGCUUCUCCCUUAAGACUGUGCUCCUAUUAGCAGACCAGCUCAUCACUCGCAUUGAGCACAUACAUUAUAAAAACUUUAUUCAUAGAGAUAUUAAGCCAGACAACUUUUUAAUGGGUCUUGGCAAAAGAGGGAACUUAGUAUACAUUAUAGAUUUUGGACUAGCCAAGAAGUACAAAGAUGGACGCACCAAUCAACAUAUCCCGUACAGAGAAAACAAAAAUUUGACAGGCACGGCAAGAUAUGCGUCAAUCAACACCCAUUUAGGUAUUGAACAGUCACGUCGCGACGACUUGGAAUCGCUGGGCUAUGUCCUUAUGUACUUCAACCGUGGUAGCCUGCCUUGGCAGGGCCUUAAAGCGGCCACUAAACGUCAGAAAUACGAAAGAAUAUCUGAGAAGAAAUUGUCCACACCUUUUGACGAGCUGUGUAAAAAUCAUCCGAUCGAGUUCCAGCUGUACCUGAAAUACUGCCGACGAUUGCGUUUUGAAGACAGGCCCGACUAUGGUCACCUUCGCCAAUUGUUCCGAAUGCUCUUAUACCGACAGGGUUUCACCUACGACUACGUUUUUGACUGGAAUAUGCUGAAGUUUGGUCUUCCGCGCGGAUCAUUUCCACCACUCGACCGCACCCUCAGACGGCCCGAUCAAAAUCAGGAACAGGAAGAAACUAGCCCGGCACCGGGCCCCACGGCACAGCCCAGCACCACAGUGGCGGCCAUCUCUGAGUGGCGGUGAGGGAGCUCUAAGCGCCGCGCCACCACCACGGUACGACCAUUCCUCUACCGACAUUCGACGCGAGCGGACGUCGCCCGAUGCAUGUUCAAGUGUUAAACUAAGAAUCAAUUUUGUACGCAUUCAUGUUAAACGUUCAUAGUUCAUAUUGUAAAUUAUUUUUAGGCGAAUCGACGAGCGGACCGGGACCCCGUUUCCGCGGUGUCUCGAUAUGAUGUGACUCGUUUGAGCGUAGCUCAUCCAUUGUACUUUAUGCUCAUUUAUAUUUAGAUGUUAAGUAAAACGUGAAUAUAUGAACGGUCGUAGCGUGUGUGUGUGUGUUGUCGAUUUGUCUCGUGUCUAAAUGGGGCGUCGGUUCGAGAAGGAUUUGGAUGUCCAUGGACGUUCUUGAAGGCGCGUUUCUACCGAGUCAGUAAGGAGCAAAGCGGAGUAGAGUCACAUUAUUGGGAGGUGACGUGAUAUUUUUAUCACGCGAUUUGUGAAUAAUGUGAUUGGUCUAUUUUGUAAAUGGAAAUUCACCACUAUCCUUAAUAUGCAACAAAUGCAUUUAUUCAAUCAAUCUAGGCUAUACGUUCUGUAUAAAAAUAUACUAAUUAAAUAUCCUGAGAAUCCAAUUCAAGAUGCCUUAUUUUGAUUUCUACAAAUAAAUGCAUUAACUGUUUUUUAAUUUCAUUUAUUUCAUUGUAAAAUUUUAAAUCGCUGCAUUUUGGAAUUAUUUUUUUAUUUUGAAAUGGGUGUUCACGUGCAAUAAUUACAUCUUUCGUAAUCGUUUGUCUUCCAUUAUUCAACCAUCUUCGUACAGUCAGUAUCAAAUAAAUAUGACGGGCAAGGUAUUCAAAUGUUAAUCUAUUAACAUCAUACUGUAGUAUACAUUUUCCAUUUUUCUAUAAACACUAAUAGCUACAAAAUAACUGUUAUAAUUACCUCUUAACAUGAGUGAAACAUUGUUUGAUGUUGAGAUGUUGCAAUUUGUUUAAUUAUGUUUCACAACAGUAUUUAUUGAUGUAUCUGAGCACAAUGACAUAUGAACAUAUCAUAUAAUGAUUAUAUGAUACUAUAUCUAGAAUUAUCUUAUUGAUUUAGCAACUCUGUUUAAUCAUCUGAAAUUAGUUGCAUCAGCUUACUUGAUGUAUCGAAAUACAUAUGAUCUUCUCCAUUGAAGCAAGCGCCUAACCAAUACCUGGUCUAAUAAACGAUUAUAGUGUCAUACUGUGGAAGGUGGGUCAUAGAUCAUAAAUUAACGAAAUUUCUCAUGGACUAUAACCGACAAAUUUGUAUACAGUUAAUCUGUCCAUUCAAUGGAGUUGUCAAAGUGACGGAUGGUUAAAAAAAAAUAAUUGAACUUUUUGAGUUAACAUUAUUAUUAUUAAUUUAUAACACUGAAUACCAACGAGUAUUGCAUGUUCAUGCAACUUAGAUAACAAAACUCUUCACACAUCGACUACCUUGAAAACUUAUUACGAUAUUGACUGUUGGUUGUCAAAAACGAAAAAAAAAAAACUUUAGUUACGCGCGUGAUUCAGAUCAACUCCACUCGUCCAGCCACUGCCAUAGUUUUAAUUAGGUAAGAUUCAUCUGGUGAAAUAGUUAUUUCUGCGUUAGAAUAAUUAUUGGUACAUAUAUUUUCAUAAGAAAGUAGCUUUUUCUUAUCAUUUUGUGGAAAGCAAUGUGAAAUCUUAUCUUAAAAAUCAUUUAACUGACAGUAACUUUGCAAUACGUUCCUAAUAUAAUCGAUCUGUCCAUGUAGUUAAAGCCGGGUAUUCACAUCGUUGCGUUCACAGCGUACGUGUUGUCGGUGUAUUCUCAGUGGAAAAGCGGAUCGUAUCAUCAUAAUCAGCCCAUUGCCCACAGCUGGGCAAAGGCUUCCUACUUUUAAAAAGCCGAUGUAAUGGCGUGCUUACGAAAAAUUAAAUUUAAAGUAACAAAACCCUUGCUUACGUUGAUAAAUACGACUAGAGCAAUUUUCUAAUCGUGUGAAUGAAGUUACUAACACUAACCCAAAACAAUAAAUAAGUCUUUGGUCAAAAACUAUGAAGCGCAUUUCGGCUAUUGAGAAAUUUGAUCUAUAUUUUUAAUUUAAAAUAAUAACCUUAUAAUAAUAAUUCGCAGCGUAAUGAAAUGUUCCACUCGACUCUCAUUACCAAAAAUGUUAUAUUUUAUUAUUAUUUAUUAAACUAAACCUUUAUUAUUUUAUUGAAUAUUUGUCCAUAUUAUAUAUAUCAUAAAACGAAUUUGAAAAUAUUUGUCACAAAGUUAGGCUCAUUUUAACGCGAACCACGUACAAUAUAACUUUAAAGUUCCCACUAAAACAAAAAAUUGAUGUCUGAUUCGAAUCAGAAUUACAACUUAUCGUGUUGUGACAUCAGAAGUCUUUAGGAUUCAUACAUUUUGUAUAAAGUGGUGCUUACUAGACCUAAAAGUCAAACACGUGAGUCAUAUAUGAGUCCGGUUCUAAAUACAUAAUUAGAAAUUAUAAUUUUUGUUUCUAAUACAUGUUUCAGUUAGAAAAAUGAUUGCAACGUAUUACAUAAGUAUAACGCUUUAAAUGAAACAGUUGCAGUUCACAUAUGGGUACUCAGCUUUAUAAAUAACUUUGAUCUCCAAAUUGUGUUAAUAACCAAAAUCUUUCAUUUUGUUAUAUCGCGUUAGUUUGUAUAAGCCGGUCAUAUUUCAUAUUCCGGUAAAUAUUAUUAAUUUAAAUUAGUUAUUAUUAAUAAGGUGUGCUACGCGGUUUUACCAGCGUUAAAUUAAAAAAAAAGAAAAAAAAUAACCCCUCAUCAAACAAGCUAUUUUAACUAUAAAAUUACAACGAGAGAUUGAGAUUGGCGCGUUAAUGUAAAAACUCUACUUUUAAAAUAUUAGUCAGUGAUAAUAUCGUAAAUCGAGUUUUUGAAAGGAAUGACAACAAAGUAUAAAGAGUCACCAAGCCGCCAGGAUGUUUCAAUGAGUCGGCGGCUUUAGUAUGUAGACUACUUAUCAUUGUAUGAACAGGCAAGGUCUUCCUAUACAAAAUAAAUAUAGAAAAGGAACUUUGACAGUGAACAAGUUAUAAUGACGGCCCUAUAUUGGUCACAUAAAUAGCCUAUAACAGCUGGACUAAAGGCCUGUCCCAACGGGACGGUUUGCCCAUAUAAUCACACUGCCACGUUUGGCAGGCGGGUUGGUGAUCGCAGUUGAUGCUAGUAGUAGAACCGAGGUCUCUCCGUUGUAUAUCCUUAGUCACCUAGGAUAACGGGGACUAUAUUGAUAAAUCCAGCUAAAUAACGAAAUUCAAAUGUUAUUUUCUAAGCUAAUUCUUAGAUAUUAUGAAAUAUCAAGCGGUCCGUUGUCGUAGAGUGACCGUGGCAAAGUGUAUUCCACUAUUGGUUACACAAAAUUCGCAUGUUAACAGAGAGUACCAUAAAUCAGUCAAUAACAACUUCGAUAAUCGUAAUUUUACUGAGAAUAAUUAAUUACCUACAGUU